AAAGAGGACUCUCUGUCAUCUCCUGUUAGGUUCUCUCCUAAUAGUUUUCAGGAAAAGAAAUCAUAAUGAGUCUUACAGCAAAGGACAAAUCUCUGGUCAAGGCUUUCUGGGGCAAGAUCGCCAGCAAGUCUGACGCUAUAGGAGCGGAGGCCCUUGGCAGGAUGCUUGUUGUGUAUCCCCAGACAAAAACAUACUUCUCCCAUUGGCCUGACACCAGUCCCGGCUCCGCCCCAGUUAAGAAGCAUGGUAAAACUGUGAUGGGAGCCCUGGGGGAUGCUGUCGGCAAAAUUGACGAUCUUGUUGGUGGUUUGAGUGCCCUCAGUGAUUUGCAUGCUUUCAAGCUUCGUGUCGACCCAGGAAACUUCAAGAUUCUGUCCCACAACAUCCUGGUAACUCUUGGCGUGCAUUUUCCAAGUGACUUCACAGCCGAAGUGCACGUCGCUGUGGACAAAUUCCUCGCUGCCGUGGCAGCUGCUUUGGCUGACAAGUACAGAUAAAGCUGAGAGUUCGUCGAGAGUCAAGCUGAACCUGUGUUCAUAUCAAUAAAUAACACCAAUAAAAUUAAUUACGGAUAA